CUGUGUAUACAGUACUCUUGGCAGAGCAUAUUAUUGUCCUCUCAUCGCACCAGCCAAAUACACGAGACAAUCAAUAAUUACAAGUGGUCAUGGUAGGUUACUGUCCAAUCUGUGGGAAGCCUGUCUAUUUUGGUGAGAAGAAGAGGUCUUUAGGAAGAGAUUAUCAUCCACUGUGUCUGAAAUGUGAAAAAUGUAAAAGGCAGCUCACAGCUGGACAACAUGCUGAGUAUGAUGAGAAACCAUAUUGUUCAUACUGCUACAUGAGGAUGUUUGGUCCAAGAGGUAACAGGUGAGGGGCAGAAACCGUGUGAAACCAGUUGGCCUAACCAGAAGAGAAAAUAAGAAGAGUAUCAAUAUAUUAUUAUAUUUUUAAGUUUAAAAAAAUGUG